ACAGAUAUUACCAAGCCAUCGCUGAUAGUGACCAGCCAUACAGCCAUCGUCCAUGCCGACCUUGACCUCCACUCAUAUGUGGCUAUCCCUCUGCUGGGGGUGAGGUCCAUUGCAGGACUUGAUAUCCAUGUUGCUAAGAAAGAGAUUUACUUCAGUGACUCUGCCCAGAAACGCAUCUACAGAGUCAAUAUGGACGGAUCAAAUCUAACAGAGGUUUUCCCCGUGGGUGUUAAUGUGGUGGAAGAUCUGGCCGUGGAUUGGAUUGGCGGGAACCUGUACUGGAACGACUACGUGUUCGAAACAAUCGAGGUCUCCAAGCUUGACGGUAGUGUCAGAACAAUUCUGUUCAGUCAGAACAUCACCAACCCGCGUGGCAUUGAAGUCGACCCAAGGAAAGGGUCACGGUUCAUUUUCUGGACAGAUUGGGGACAACAUCCACGUAUCGAGCGAGCAGACAUGGACGGACAUAAUCGUACCAGUAUUGUCACCAAGAAGGUCUACUGGCCCAACGGCCUCUCUCUGGAUUACCCCAACAGGAGGCUGUACUUUGCGGAUGCCCGCCUCGACUACAUAGAAUACUGUAAUUAUGAUGGGUCUGGACGUCAGCAAGUCUUUGCUAAUGACCAUUUUCUGCGACAUCCCCAUGGACUAGUGGUGUUCGAGGACACUAUUUUCUGGACUGACCGUGUGGCUGGACGUGUUUCUCAGUGUAAUAAGUUCAACUGCUCAGACCGAGGACUGACCAUCAGCCGUAUCAGCCGUCCUCUUGGAAUUGCUGUGAUGCAUCCAGUCAGACAGCCUUACAGUGCCCUGGAUGGUAACCCCUGUUCCAACUCAUCCUGUAGCCAUCUGUGUCUCCUGUCAUCUGUGAAACCCAAGGGAUUCUCAUGUGCCUGCCCUGUCGAUAUGAAGCUGGAUGAUUCAGAAAACAAGUGCAUCCCCUCUGACCUUGACUACCUGAUGUACAUGACGAAGUCGGGCAUUGUGGGUAUUGAUAUGGAGGAUAACGUGACACACCCCCUUCUCCCUGUGGCCAGUGUCCUCAGCGGAAUGAACAUGGACAUCGACAGCGCCAACGGCAGUCUUUAUGUUGUGCAGCGUGGUGAUGUUUUCAACGCAUCAGUGGUAAAGGUAUCAAUACGGGAUGGUAACGUGUCACAGUUUAUGCCGUCCAAGUUUUCUGGGUACGUACACGCUGUGGCGGUGGACUGGGUGGCCAGGAAUCUGUACUGGGCCGACACUAAGGCGGGUACCAUUGAGGUGAUGAAACUAGAUGGCAAACAUAACAGCAAAGUGCUCAUGUCCAACACUGGCAGUCCACUUGACUGUGACCAGCCUGUGUCCUUGACCCUUGACCCUUCAAAGGGGACUCUGUACUGGGCUGAUCUCGGUGGAAAUGGAGUCCCCGCUAAAAUUGCCUCCAUGCGUAUGGACGGUACUCGUCCCCAAAUUGUCCACGAGAGGCGGGUGGAAGUCCCUGGAGAUAUUGCCAUAGAUACCAGUUCCCGUUUGCUCUACUGGGCCGACUCCGCUAAAAACUGGAUAAUGGCUUUAUCCUUAGACAAGACUCACACUCACAGGACUAGAGUUGUCCACUCCAAUCUUGGUAACCCGACAGGUCUGGCCAUAUUUAACCGACGACUUUACUUCGCCGACCCUGAUCACGAGAGAAUAUACUACAUACCUCUUGACCACCCGCGGGAAAUGCACAUCGUCAAGGAAAACAUCGCCCUCCUUACUGACCUCGUUGUUUAUAAUGACCGUCACUCUAAAGGGGAGUCAAAUGCCUGUACCAAAAACUACAGCGGUUCCUGUGAGCACCUGUGUCUAACAUUGGGGAAUGGGCAACACACCUGUGGCUGUAGUACAGGGUACACAAAGUCUGGAAACAGCUCCUGUGUAGCGGUGGAGAGUUUCCUAGUUGUAUCCCAAUCGGACAUCAUUCGUGGCUUUAACCUCGUCAAGAAAGAUCACAGUGAUGCUAUGCCUCCAAUCCGUGGCAGAGAUAGAAGAGUGAUUGAAGUUGACGUUCAUAUCAAGAAUGAUCACAUCUACUGGAUAGACCACGACCCUGCAGGGCUGAGGGGACGCAACUUCAAUGGCAUCCGCCGAAUAAAGCGUGAUGGCUCCGAGUUUGAACAGGUCAUAAACACUGGCACGGGUCUGAAGCCUGGCGAUGGAGUUAAGGGCAUGGCCAUUGACUGGGUCGCAGGAAACAUAUACUUCUCUAACAUCAAGAAUUACGAGACUUACAUUGAGGCAGCAAGGAUGAAUGGUUCCCACCGCCUUGUUCUCAUACAGGAGAGGGAGUCUUCUCCCUGGGCCCUCGCUGUCAACCCAAUCAAAAGGUACCUCUACUGGGUGGAUAAAGGUCAGUUCCCUAAAAUAGAGCGUGCUCACCUGGAUGGGACCCAUCGCAAAAUUAUCAUUGACAAGGGAAUCGUUCGUCCCUACAGCAUCACCAUUGACGUGGCAACGCAUGACGUGUACUGGGUGGACACGCGUGUAGAUGCUAUACAGAAAGUGUCGUACACUGGAGGAGGCCGAUCCUACGUCCGUACCAACCUCCCAUCCCCGAUCAGCAUCACCGUCCUAGGAAACAAGAUCUUCUGGGCCGACUCCAAACUCAAACAGGUAUUGAAGAUAUACAAGAAAAAUGUGUUGGACCCAGAAAUUGUGAGAAACAGCAUCAGCAACCUGCGCAGUAUUGCCAUGUUUGAUGCAUCCAAACAGCCUCAAGUGGAGAAUCCAUGCUCCGGCCCUGACAAUGGGGGAUGUGAACAACUGUGUUUUGCCAAACCAAACAAGACACAACCUGUAUGUAGUUGUUCUACAGGAGAUCUGGCACCUGACAACCAAACCUGUAAAGCUCCUUCGGACUUCCUAAUUGUGGCCUCGGAGAGCGAGAUUAUCACCUUGUCUCUGGAUCCAGACAUCCACUCGGCACCACUCCCACCUAUCACGAUGCUCAGCGGUGCUGUUGCUGUUGACUUUGAUUACGCCAAUAAAUACAUCUACUUCUCCCAGGUGCUUGGACGCAAACUGAGCCGAGUCAAGAUUGACAGUUCUGAAGUAGAAGACAUCAUAGACACAAUCAACAUCACAUCGUUUGAAAGCCUGCAGAAGACGGUGACGGCAGAGGGUCUGGCCGCUGACUGGGUCGGCCAGAAGAUGUACUGGGCAGAUGUCUUCCUUAGCCGCAUCUUCAGCCUAGAUUUUAACGCAACAAACAAAGUCGCUCUCGCCAAUGUAGCCAACCCACGGGCAGUGGCUGUACAUCCCUGUAAGGGGUAUUUGUUCUGGACAGAUUGGGGGCGUCUCCCUAAAAUAGAGAGAGCUACGAUGUCCGGAAAUAACCGCAAGACAAUUGUGUCGACGGACCUCGGCUGGCCGAAUGGUCUGAGCAUUGAUUACGAUGGGGACAUGAUCUACUGGGCAGAUGCACUGCGUGACCGUAUUGAACGGUCAAAUCUCAAUGGUCAAUACCGUGAGGUCAUUGUUCAGUCAACUGUCCAUCCCUUCUCCAUGACUGUCCAUAAGCACUACAUCUACUGGACUGACUGGACACUCCAUGGAGUCUACCGCGCAGAGAAACACACUGGGGCGAACAUGAUCGUGAUGAAAGAGGGUAUCACUCAUCGACCAAUGGGCAUCAAUGUCUUCUCAAAUCAGCGGCAGAAAUGUACAUCCAAUCCGUGUCAGAUCUUCAAUGGUGGGUGUGCCCACAGUUGCCACCCCGCCCCAGAAGGCAAGGCAGAAUGUCAGUGCAGCGACAUUGGUUUGACCUUGGGACAAGAUGGCAAGUCAUGUGUUCCUCUGAAUCACACGUGUGGGACAGAGAACUUCGUGUGUGCUAACGGUCGCUGUCUCAGCCAUCGUUGGGUGUGUGACUCCGACGAAGAUUGUAAGGACGGAUCUGAUGAAAACCCAAACAUGUGUGCGACCCACACUUGUGAUCCGACCUAUUUCCGAUGUGACAACGGUAGAUGUAUCCCACCACGCUAUAGGUGUGACCAUGACAACGAUUGCCAAGACAACUCGGAUGAACGUGAAUGUGACUACAAGCCCUGUGGCAGUGACCAGUUUACCUGUAGUAAUUCUCGAUGUAUCAACAAAAACUUAGUAUGUAAUGGAAUUGACAACUGUCGUGAUGGCAACCGCACAGACGAGGCUAACUGUCCGGAGAAGACGUGUGCAUCCGGAGAGACAAAGUGUCCGAACAGUAACGUGUGUCUGGCGCGGAAAUACCUGUGUGACGGAGAUAAUGACUGUGGCGACAACUCGGAUGAAAACCCUCUCUUCUGUCGCAAGGUCACGUGUCCUCGGGGUCAGUUCUACUGUACAAAGUCACUCAAGUGUAUCCCCGGAUCGUGGUACUGUGACGGAGAUGACGACUGUGGAGCGGGUGAAGAUGAACCCUCCACUUGUGCCAACAACAGCUCCACCUGUAUCGGGACACAGUUUGCGUGUAACAACAAGAAGUGUAUCUCGCGGCGAUGGGUGUGUGAUGGCGAUGACGACUGUGGAGAUAAUAGUGACGAGGAGAAAGGACUCAACUGUGUUGAUGUCAACUGUCCAGUCGAUUCCUUCACAUGUGCGUCAAACAAGAAGCGUGGACGCUACGCCUGUAUUGACCGACGUUAUGUGUGCGAUGGCGUCAAGAACUGUCUCAAUGGUGAAGAUGAAACAGGAAACUGUGCCCUAGUCACGUGCCAACCGGGCCAGUUUAAGUGUGCCAACGGCAUCUGCAUAGCGCAGCGGUUUUACUGUGAUCACGAUAACGAUUGUGGUGACGACUCGGAUGAACCAAAGACUUGUGAUUAUCCGGAGUGUGGUGCUGGCAAAUUUACUUGCUCAGACAAGCGUUGCAUCCCCCAGUCUUACGUGUGUGACGGUGCCAAGGACUGCUCUGAUGGCUCCGACGAAAAGGCGGCGCGCUGUGCUGCUGCCACAGAGAAGCCUAAGUGCCCCGAUGGCCAGUUUAAAUGUGCCAACGCCAACUGUAUCGACUACCAACUUGUGUGUAACAAGGUAGACAACUGUGGAGAUGAGUCGGACGAGGACAGGUGCUACAUUGACGAAUGCAGUCAGGAUGACAUGAACCAGUGUGAACAGAAAUGUGUCGACUCCAUCACCAGCUUCAGAUGUGACUGUUUCCCUGGUUACACCCUAAGGAACGACAAGAUCUCCUGUCGAGAUAUUGAUGAAUGUAAAGAGGUGCCAGGGGCCUGUAGCCAAGGAUGUUUGAACUCACCUGGAAAUUACACCUGUAAAUGUAACGAGGGAUACUCCAAGACAGGAAACAUGCGGUUCUGUAAGAAAACCGACAACACCAAGCCGUGGUUAAUCUUCACAAACAAGUAUUACAUCCGGGAACUAUCUAUUGACGGCAAGCACUACCGUCGUGUGGCCCAGGGCUUCGACAGCGUGGUAGGGCUGGACUUCGACUACGCUGAGGAUCGCCUCUACUUCACAGAUGUCAAGGCAAAGAAGAUGUACCGCAUGUACCUCAACGGAACUGGCAAAGAGGCUAUCAUAAAGCAUGACAUCACAGGGGCCGAAGGCAUGGCGCUUGAUUGGAUUGCAAAGAAGAUUUAUUGGGUGGACAGUAAGCGAUCAUCGAUGUUUGUCACAGAGACUAACGGCACCAAUCGCCUGGCACUGAUUCGUCGUGGCUUUGUGAAGAGUCCGAGGGCUAUUGUGGUUGAUCCGGCUAAUGGUUACGCAUACUGGACAGACUGGAGUCUCUCUCCCUACAUUGGCUGUAUCGGGAUGGAUGGCUCAAACGCACGUAAAGUCAUCACCAACAAACUUGGCUGGCCGAAUGCUCUCACGAUUGACUAUGAGACGUCGCACCUGUGGUGGGGCGACGCCCAUCUCGACUACAUUGAGUCCGCCAGAGUGGAUGGCACUGACCGCAACAUCGUGAUGCAAGCCACUGUGCCACACCCCUUCGCGAUCACAGUGUUUGAGGACUGGAUGUACUGGACCGACUGGAAUCACAUGUCUAUUGAGAAGGCCAACAAGUUUACGGGAGCAAACCACACGUGGCUUCAGAACACAACACACCGCCCAAUGGACAUGCACAUCUACCAUCCACUCCGGCAGAAGGAAGGUGCAAAUCCAUGCGGAACAAACAAUGGCGAGUGUUCCCAUCUUUGUCUCAUUGCCCCUGGAGGUCGUGCAUUUUCCUGCAAGUGUCCCGAUAACUUCCUGAUGGCCCCAGACCAGCAAACCUGUAUUGCCAACUGUACUAGUGGUCAGUUUCGGUGUGGCAUAUCUGAUGACCGCUGUAUCCCUUCUCUGUGGAAGUGUGAUGGAGAGGAAGACUGCAAAGAUGGAUCAGAUGAACCAGAGGAUUGUCCCCCGAAACACUGCACCCCUGGACAGUUUGAAUGCCGGAAUAAGAAUUGUACUUAUGGGUUCCGUGUUUGUGACCUGGUUGAUGACUGUGGUGACAUGUCGGAUGAGGAAGCAUGUGACGAGCGUCGCUGUGAGGCAUGGCAGUACAAAUGUGGCACCAACAAAUGUAUCCCACAGGGCUGGCAAUGCGACGGAUCUGAUGACUGUGGCGACAACUCGGAUGAAAAUGAUGAUCAAUGUAAGAAUGUGACCUGCGGAUCUCACCAGUUCACGUGUGACAACGGCAAGUGUAUCCCUAGCACCUGGAAGUGUGACUAUGAUGAUGACUGUGGUGACAGGUCUGACGAAAAACAGGCCUGGAAUUGUACAACACGACAGUGCCAGAAAGGCUGGUGGAAAUGCAAGACAAACUACCGGUGCAUCCCGGACUGGCAGAGGUGUGAUGGACGUGACGAUUGCCGUGAUAACAGUGACGAAGAUGAGGCUAACUGCCCCAAAUGCCACCCAACUGGAGACUGGCAGUGUGCCAACAAGCGAUGUAUUCCUAAACGCUGGCUCUGUGACUUUGAUGAUGACUGUGAUGAUAAAAGUGAUGAGGAUCCUCUCAUGUGUGCUAAGAAGUACCGCAAGUGUUCCGAGUCUGAAUACCUAUGUAAGAACAAGAAGUGUAUCCCAAGUAAGAUGCGGUGUGACAAUGACAACGACUGUGGUGACAACUCGGACGAAGAUCCACACUAUUGUAAAGAGUACCACAAGUGCCAGACUGACCAGGUUCAGUGCCCGAGUGGUCACUGUAUCAGUAACAAGUCUGUAUGUGAUGGUCAGCGAGAUUGUAAAGACGCCUGGGACGAGCAAUCCUGUCCACCCCGUUACCCUGGCAACCGUUUCUGUCCCACCAAUCAGUUCCAGUGUGACAACACGAUGUUACGCCGCGACGCCGUCAAAAGUCUCACACUUAAGAAAACUCAGUGGAGGGAGAUCUCCCACACUGGACUCCUUAGAGAUGUUGACGAGUGCGCACGCUGGGGGACAUUCUGUGCACAGCAGUGUAAAAACGUGAAGGGAUCCUACAAAUGUUUGUGUACGGAUGGUUUCCAUGACGUCAAAGGGAAAGGCACACACUGUAAACCUAAAGGUGGACAGAUGCUCAUCUAUUUCACGAGCGGCCAUGAAGUACGUCAAAUCAUCCCUGACAAAAAAGCGUACUCAGGAACACUGAGCUGGGGGCGCCACAUGGGGGCGCUGGACGUUGACGCAGACCGUCGUCUCCUCUACUUCUCCGAUCUGUCCUUGAUGAAGAUUGAGCGGGCAGGAAUUCCAGAUGACAUAAAUAAUGGAGGUCCACCCCGUCCACAGGAUUUAAACGCAGACGUGACCCAGGUUGAGGGCAUCGCCAUUGACUGGGUCACAAAAAACAUAUACUGGACGGAUUCAAGUCGCCGCACUGUGUCAGUUGCCCUUGACGAUGGUAGAUACCAGAAAACCUUAAUUAGUGAUAACUUGGUUCACCCACUGGCAAUCGUUGUGAACCCUAAACUGGGUUUGCUGUACUGGACAGAUGCCGGCAGCACUAGUCCUAAGAUAGAGCAGGCCUGGAUGACCGGUGAGAAGCGGUCAGUCUUGAUCUCAACACGGCUGGGUCGAGCGACUGGACUGACUCUAGAUGACCACAUGGAUGAUCGACUAUACUGGUGUGACUCCAAGGAAAAUCUGAUCGAGUCCAUCAAACUGGACGGGUCAGACAGAGUCAUUGUGGUUGGCAAAGGUCUGGAUAACCCCGUCAGUUUGGAUGUGUUCGGAGGUUCACUUUACUGGGCAUCCCAACAAAUGGGGGCUGUCAUGAAGAUGGACAAAUUUGGUCGCGGUGUCAACAUCACGCUACAGACUGGACUUCUGCUGCCCUCUAGUGUCCGAAUUAUGCACCCGAAACGUCAUGAUUUAUCAGUAAAAAAUCGGUGUUUGGAAGAGGACGGUAAGAAGUGUAGCCAUCUGUGCUUGCUGAAACCUAAUGGUUCGGCGUGCGCUUGUCCUGAUCACUCUCAAUUCAUUGAUGACUCCGACAUACAGUGUGAUGCAGCCUGGGAAACAUCGAAACCUUCCCCGUCCAAGUGUUCCUGUCUGAACAAUGGACGCUGUGUAAUGGCUUCCAACAGGACUUACAGCUGUCAGUGUAUUCAAGGUUACACAGGGCGUUACUGUGAAGUCAGUAAACCUAUCAGAUUAGUGGUGGAGGACGAAUCACCACCUAUGACUGCCAUUAUCAUCCCCAUCAUCGUCUUCUCUAUUGUCAUCUGUGGUAUCGUCCUCUUCCUCUGGAUCCUAAAGAAGCGUGGGAAGCUGCUGCUGAAAGCUAAAGAUCUAAAGCCAGGUGUUGGGACUGCAGUUACAUACAGAGAAGGAGGAAACAUACAGAUCUCAUCGCCGCCAUUUACAUACGACCAGACAGCAACAGAUACAGAUACCACCCAGCCAUACAGCCCAGGGGUCCCAGGGAGCCAGGAGGCAGGUUUGGCCUUCACUACCUUCAGUAACCCCAUGUAUUUCAAAGGGGAUAAACAGGGAGAGAAAUCCAGCCCACCUCCGUCCCCAUCCACCAAUCAGUCAGGAAGUGAUGCUGAGCAGGAAAACGCUUCAUUUGAUGACAUAAAUUUCAAUGGUGACAGCACGUAACCACAGCAACAGUUGCCAAGGAAACUAUAUUACCAAAGAGACUCAUGUGUGCCACAUUUUAUAUGAACAUCUUCUGAUUUAAUUUUUAUAAUAAAAAAAUAUAAACUUG